AUGGUACAUAGGCAUGCGUUCGAAGCUUUAGACCGAACCUUUAAAGAUGUUUUGGUUGACAAAAGCAAUUCUCAGUCGGAUGUUUUAUUUGGAGGUAAAGUAAUUGUGUUUGGUGGUGAUUUUAGGCAAAUUCUUCCUGUUAUUCCAAACGGAAGUAGGCAAGAAAUUGUUAAUGCUUCCUUGAGUUCAUCUUACAUAUGGUCACAUUGUAAAUUACUCACCUUAACAAAAAACAUGAGGUUGACUAUCGGUGCUUCACAAUCCACAAUGGUGGAGACUGAGAAUUUUGCCAAAUGGCUUCUUGAUAUUGGGGAAGGUAAAGUUGGAGGUGACAACGAUGGCGUUGCAAUUGUAGAAAUACCUUCCGAAUUACUAAUUACAGAUUCUUCCGAUCCCAUUGAAAGUUUAAUUCGAUUUGUGUAUCCGUCGGUUUUAGAAAGAUAUAUGGAUCUAGAUUAUUUUUCUGAAAGAGCCAUUCUGACUCCGAAAAAUGAGGUCGUUCAUGAAAUAAAUGAUCGAUUGUUAGAGUUGUUUCCUUGUGAACCAGUAGAGUACCUAAGUUCUGAUACUAUAUGUGAAACUGAAAAAGGUAUUGAUUCCUUCCAACAAGAGUUGUAUUCACCUGAUGUUUUGAAUGGUUUAAAGAUAUCUGGUUUGCCAAAUCAUCGUCUGGUUCUAAAAGUUGGCGUUCCUAUUAUGCUUCUUAGGAACAUUGACCAACAGAAUGGAUUAUGUAAUGGUACAAGGUUAAAAGUUACAUAUCUUGGAAAGAGGGUUAUGGAAGGUGAAAUUAUAUCAGGUGCUAAUGUUGGAACUAGAACGUUCAUUCCAAGAAUUAGCAUGAUUCCAUCCGACAAAAAAAUACCUUUUGCUUUUCAAAGACGACAAUUUCCUGUUGCUGUGUGUUUUGCGAUGACAAUCAACAAGAGUCAAGGCCAGUCUUUGUCUAAGGUUGGUCUUUAUUUAAAAGAACCAGUUUUCACACAUGGCCAGUUAUAUGUGGCAUUAUCUAGAGUUAAAUCAAGACAAGGGGUGAAGAUAUUAAUUCUAGAUAAGGAUGGGAAACCUACUAAUACAACAACCAAUGUUGUUUAUAAAGAAGUGUUCACUCACCUUUGA